AUGGAUUGGAUAUAUGUCUGCUGGGCGUGGGUUCUAUGGCCUGAUGAGGAAAGCAGAACGGUACCAAAUCUUGAGAAGUUUGUCAAGAGACGACUUCAUAGUGAAGCUGCUGCUGCUGCAAAUCGCGAUGGAAGAUGGAGAAAUCAGAUGCACAAAGCAGCACACAAUGGAUGCUGUAGACGUGCUGCACAGACACGAGCUUUGUAUACUGUUCUGAAGAAAUUACUUACUCAAAAUCUUUCUGAUUUGGUUGAAACAAUUGAGGCCCGUUGGUACAAUUCCUAUUCUUACGUUAAUGUUCUUGCUGAUAUGGAACUUUGGGGAAUUGGCGCUGACAUGGAUGCUUGUCUCCGUGCGAGGCAUAUUAUAACAAAAAAGCUGAAGGAACUAGAGAAAGAAGCUUACAGAUUAGCAGGCAAGAAUUUCUCUCUAAAUGCUACUGCUGAUAUCGCAGACAUUCUAUAUACACACCUAAAAUUGCCAGUUCCAAAAGGCUGUGAGAAAGGAAGCUGCAUCCUAGCACUGACAAGCAGUCUUUGGACCAUCUAA